AUGAUUCCGAUUGAUUAUAUUGUUUUUAGACCACCUAAUCCUGCCUCCUAUUUACCUCCUGAUAGUGAAUGUACAAAUGUUGUAAAUGAAGACUUGAAAUCAACAUUCUAUAUAACUCCUGACUGUAUAAAAGACUUUGAUCCGUUUGAUAACUUUUUAAACGACUCUAAAGAGGAAUCACAAAGAUUAAGUGCUUUUCAUUGUGUUUAUCCUGGUGCCAAAACAACAAUACUGUAUUCUCACGGAAAUGCAGAAGAUAUUGGACAGUUAAAGAAGUGGAUGAUUUAUCUGAGCAGAUAUUUAAAAUGUAAUACAAUUGCUUAUGAUUAUCAAGGAUAUGGAUGUUCAAAUAAUACACCAACUGAAAAACAUUUCUUUUCAGAUAUUAGAUUAGCAUUUAAAUUCUUAACGGAUUGUAAGAUAGUUCCUACAGAGGAAAUAAUUAUUUAUGGACGAUCGAUUGGUUCAGGACCAACCACUGAUUUAUUCAAGGAAUGUGUAGAAAAGAGAAUUAAAAUCAAGGGUAUGGUUUUACAAUCUCCAUUAUUAAGUGCUGUAAAGACGAAAUUUAAUGCAUUUACAGUACCAGACUUUUUCAUUUCUGACAUGAUGAAAAAUGAGGAAAAGAUGGCAUCGAUUUGUAACUACUCAUUCUUGAAGAAUAUUCCUAUUCUUAUAUUCCAUGGCAGAAAGGAUGUGGUUGUUCCUUAUGAACAUGGAUACACUCUGUAUAAGAUUGCAUCAUCAAAAUUGAAUCCAAAUGAAAAAUCAUGCUCGAGAUUUGUUUCAUUACCAGAUGCUGGACAUAAUAAUUGUGAAAGUCUCUAUUUUGAAGAUAUGAUGUACGAGAUUAAGAAAUUUAUUUUGGACAGGAAUGAAGAACAAUUAGCCAGUGAAGGAUCUUUAGUAGAAAAGCCAAGUGUAGUAACAGAAACAUCAAAUUAA